CGAACCAAAACAAAAAAUAAAUAAAAAUAAAUUAAAAAUUUCCAGAAGUUCACGAGUUUAUAAAGCCUAUCACUAUGUCUAUUGAAAUUGAAUCUGCAGAUGUUAUCCGUUUGAUACAACAAUAUCUAAAGGAGUCAAAUUUAUACAAAACCCUACAGACUCUGCAAGAGGAGACCGGCGUUUCCCUGAACACUGUCGACAGUGUUGAUGGCUUUGUCCAGGAUAUAACAAAUGGCCAUUGGGAUACGGUGUUAAAGGUUACACAAAGUUUAAAGCUGCCAGACAAAAAAUUACUUAAUUUGUAUGAACAAAUUGUUUUGGAGCUAAUCGAGCUGAGGGAAUUGGGUGCUGCUCGUUCACUGUUGAGACAAACGGAUCCAAUGAUUAUGCUGAAACAACAUGAGCCAGAAAGAUACAUACAUUUGGAAAAUAUGUUGCAGAGAGCCUACUUUGAUCCCCGAGAAGCUUAUCCCGAAAACAGCAGUAAGGAAAAACGGCGUAGUAUUAUAUCUCAAGAGUUGAGUGGAGAAGUCCAUGUGGUACCAUCUUCCCGUUUAUUGGCUCUCUUGGGCCAAGCUUUAAAAUGGCAGCAACAUCAGGGCUUAUUGCCACCAGGUACAACAAUUGAUUUGUUCCGCGGUAAAGCUGCCAUGAAAGAUCAAGAAGAGGAAAUGUAUCCCACGCAAAUGUUUAGACAAAUUAAAUUCGGACAAAAAUCUCAUGUGGAGUGUGCACAAUUCUCCCCUGACGGUCAGUAUUUGAUUACUGGGAGUGUUGAUGGUUUUCUAGAGGUAUGGAAUUUCACCACGGGAAAAAUAAGAAAAGAUUUAAAGUAUCAAGCCCAAGAUCAGUUUAUGAUGAUGGAACAAGCCGUAUUGGCACUGUCGUUUUCUCGAGAUUCUGAAAUGGUGGCAUCUGGUUCUCAAGAUGGCCAAAUUAAGGUGUGGCGAAUAAUGACGGGCCAAUGUUUAAGGAAAUUUGAAAAAGCCCAUUCGAAAGGCAUAACAUGCUUGCAAUUUGCCAGAGAUAACAGCCAGGUUUUGAGCGCUUCCUUUGAUCACACAAUUCGCUUGCAUGGUUUAAAGUCCGGCAAAAUGCUGAAGGAAUUCAAGGGACAUACAUCAUUUGUGAAUGAGGUAACAUUUACCCCAGAUGGCCAUAGUAUUUUAAGUGCUUCCUCGGAUGGAACAGUCAAGGUGUGGUCAUUGAAAACAACAGAAUGUUUGUCUACCUACAAACCUUUGGGCAAUGAGUUGGCAGUAAAUACUGUGUUGAUAUUACCAAAAAAUCCCGAGCACUUUAUAGUUUGCAAUCGAUCCAAUACAGUUGUCAUUAUGAAUAUGGCUGGACAAAUCGUAAGAUCCUUCAGUUCGGGUAAGAGAGAGGGUGGUGCAUUUAUAGCUGCUAAUUUAUCACCUCGAGGAGAAUUUAUAUAUUGUGCUGGUGAAGAUCAGGUGUUGUAUUGUUUCUCAGUAUCCUCGGGAAAGCUGGAGAGAACCUUAAAUGUGCAUGAAAAGGAUGUCAUUGGUUUGACUCACCACCCACAUCAAAAUUUAUUAGCAACAUACAGUGAAGACGGACUAUUAAAAUUAUGGAAACCUUAAAGCAAUUACUAGCACAUGUAAUGUAGUUUUUACUUCUUUUUUCUAUAAUUAGGGAUAGUUUUUUAUGCAAACUAUCGAAUAUUUGCUACAAUGGAACCCAUAACAUUUUUAGAUAUACAUACAUAUGUAUGAGUGUGCGUUGCGUCUUUGGUCGUUGCACAUCCAAUCAUCUUGUAAAAAUGGGGUUCAAUUAAAAAUUAUGCAAAAUAAACUUUACAAAGCUAAAAAUAAAUGUAUGCAGAGACAAGUAUACACA